AUGAUGAUCAGACUAUUUCCAAGACAAAUACGCUCUCUUUCUUAUUUGACAAAAACCACCAUCAACCCAGUUGAUUUCCAACUCAAAAUCCCUGAACAGUUUGUUCCAAAGUCAUUGUUGGUUCUAUCUACCCCAACAAAUCUACCUCAGGUCAUCGAGGACUCGAUCAAAUUAUACCAGAAACGGGAUUUACAAUUGGUUGUAGCAGGAGUCGAUACAGUUGUGCCUUAUUCACACAGAAACGGAGUUUCGGAACUUUGGUUAGAUGAACCCAUUAGCAUUGGGGACUCGGUUCUUUUAGAAGAAAAAGACGAUAUUAAUAAACCUCCACGAGAAAGUGAUGGCUUGAAUGUCGUUAGUGCACAGAAACAUUGGAAAAACAUACCUUCCCAGUUGAAAAUCAAUUUAAGACAAGAAAUGGAAUUGAAAUUAAAUUUAGCAAACACGGUGUUUUCUACUGGCUCGAUUAUAACUUUAUUUUACUUUGGUAAUGGUCUGAAUCUGGGACAACAUUUAUGUGAUUUGCAGAUCCUGUUUCCCCGAGGAUUGAUACCAAGACAUUCUAGUGCUGUGAUCAAAGACAAUUGGACUGAUUUAUAUCCUGGUGCUGGCUUCAAAAUUACCAAUUGUGUGGGAAACUUGGUAAAAUCUAUUGACAACAACCCUGCAGCCAAAUAUCUCGAGGAGAACAAAAAAUUGAUGAGUAUUGGAUCAAAAGAAACAGAGGUGUAUGUCAAAAUCAAGAAACCUAAUAGUACAAGAGUUGAAAGAUUUAAGGUUACUGCAGGUGGUGGUGGAUGGGGAGCCAAGGCUGACAUUAUUGCUUUAUCACCAGAAGCAAAGCUUGUGAAAGGAAGUGAGAUACAGUUUUUCAUGGUGACACCAGAAGAUCGGUACUUGCCAAAUCAUAACGACGACGAAAUUGCUCAAUUUAUAAACGCAUUUACUUUUACCAACUCCUACGAAGAGACGAAUUACAAUGACAACACAGAUGAAAACCAGCAUAUAUAUGAAAACAUUUUUGGUGGUGGUAGUGAACAAGGAUUCUUUUUCAACGACAUAAAACACCAUUCUCCGGGUGAAUCUGUAUCUAUAAAGUUGGAGAAGAAAAAAUAG